ACCAUGACAACGCAAAGAAACUCAAAGUGAAUCCAAAGGAGCGGUGAAGAGUUUUUUUUUUUUUUUUGGCAAACUUUAUUUCUUGCUGCUGGGUGGCAUCAGUACUCCAUGUCACCCAAACCCAACGUGGUCUAUUAAAAGUAGCGUCUGUGCUGUGGUUCUGCUUCCACUAUUUAUGAAGCCCGCCGCUUGUCAUUACAGAGAACGCGCUGUCAAGAACUGAGUCGUAUUUUACGCGUGCGUAAAAACCAGAGGUGAACAUGGGCCUCUCGCAAACGCUGCUCGUUUACGCGCUGGUGUGCGUCCACAUCGGAGUUUCCCAGCAUUACCUUCGCCUCCGUCCCUCGCCCAGCGAUCACCUCCCUGUGCCCGACCUGAAGGAGGAUCCCGACCCGGAGUACGACCCCCGGGAGCAGGACCUGGCCGAGAGGACUCUGCGGAAAAAACUCGGCAGCAACUUCGACCCAAACUUUAUGUCCAUCAGCUCGCCCACGCUGGUGAACCUCUCCGCGCCAGACACCCAAGUGAAGCUGCAGGGGCCCAUGCCCAACGAGAUUAAAAAACUCGAGCUCACCGAGACCCCCUACGGAAAGCGGGUCAAAGUGGGCAAGAAAGCCCGCAGGAAAUUCCUGCAGUGGCUGUGGACCUACACGCACUGCCCGGUGGUGUACACCUGGAAGGAUUUGGGCGUGCGAUUCUGGCCACGGUACAUCAAGGAGGGAAACUGUUUUUCUGAGCGCUCGUGUUCGUUCCCGGAGGGGAUGUCUUGCAAACCGGUCAAGUCAAUCAACAAGAUUUUCCUGCGGUGGUACUGCCAGGGCUUUCUAAGACAGAAAUACUGCACGUGGAUACAGGUGCAAUACCCAAUCAUCUCAGAGUGCAAGUGCUCGUGCUGAUUUUCUCUCGUGGUUGGUGGGAGUGGACUGGAAAUACGGUUUCUAUUGCACUGUUAACUCUCUACAGAGGUGGGCACCAUAGCAAAUCUAUUUUUUUAUAUAGCAUUUUAAGUGAAAUACCAACAUUGUACAUAUUUAAUAAAAAAAAUGCAGCUAUUUUUUCUAAUUGAACCAUGCAGGACCAUAUUUUAUUCUCAACCCUGAAAUGUUUUUUGGGGGAAACGCAGCACUUCAUACGGAAGAGCUUUUUUUUUUCUUUGAUAUUUUAAUAAGACAUUGACGAUGGAAUGCAUAUACUACACUUCUCCAAGAGGUGAUUUUUUUUCUUUUCUUUUCAACGGAAUUCUGAUGCUGAUGUUAUGUCACUGCAAUGCUGCCUAGAGUUUUUGUAUAAUAUUAAUAUCAAUAAUAAUUAAAUUGAAGAAAAAGUUGAGGUUAAAGUUAUAUAUAAAGGCGUGAACUCAGCUUUUUUUUGGAACACAUAGUAUUGUAGAAAUAAAUCUGUACGUUUUAUUUAUUAUUUUAACGAUUGUGAGUAUAGAGCAUAAGGACAGAGAAUAGUAUACCAGAAAAAAAAAUAUGGGAGAUGUCUACUUGAAUAUUUCUAAAAAAUAAUAAUAAUAAAAAAGCAAACAUAGUGUACAUUUUAUAGUUACACGUUUUAGCAAUAAAGUCUAUCCUUUCAUCAUG